AUGGAUGCGCAACCUACUUGGGAUUGGUCCUCGGUAGGAGACAACUCUGCUCCUCGUGAACCCGAACCAGAGCCUCGUCGAUCAUCGCAAUACGCUUGGACUCCUCAAGCAGGUACCGCAUCGCGAGAGGAGACGUCAACGUCAUCUCAGCAGGAACCCCACCCUGCGCCUAAGAACAGGCGCUAUGGCACGCGCACUUGUCGCAUCUGCUUCGAUGCUGAAGAACCCAAGUUUCCUGAUCAGUCGACUACUUUUGGCAUCCAGACGGGAUCAUCUCGACCCACAUACGUCUCUGACGACCCGGAAUUGGGGAGGUUGUUAUCACCAUGCAAGUGUAAGGGAUCGCAGAAAUAUGUCCACGAAGGGUGCCUCAACGCGUGGAGGCUUGCAAACCCUAUGGAAGCAAGGAACUACUGGCAGUGUCCGACCUGCAAGUUUACUUAUCGCAUCUCCCGACUACACUGGGGCUCUGUUCUAAGCAGCAAGUGGGCACAAGUCGGCUUGACCCUGUGCUGUUGUAUACUGAGCAUCUUCUUGCUUGGCUUCAUUGCGGAUCCUCUCUUCGAUCUAUGGUCCGACCCAAUUGGAACCCUCGGCGAGACUGUCACAAGCGUGAUAACCGAUAUCGAAGGCUUGAGGCAACCUCCACCACCAGAACCCACCUCGUGGAUCGAGCACUUUACCAAGGGUUUCUUCUCUCUGGGAAUUGUCGGAUUAUUCAAGACGAUGUUUACCGUAAACCCCUUCCAUUGGUGGCAGCUGCGAAACAGCGGGGUGGCAGGCGGUGGCAGGAGAGGAGGCACAGGUCGAAAUCGUGUCGAGAGCAUCAGCCUGAUCUUCGUUCUCAUUGGCGCAUUCACAUUCCUCAUGGGCAUUUGGAAAUUUGUUCAGAAGCUGAGCGCUCGUGUACUCAAGAACGUGAGCGACAGGGUUGUCGAUAUCGGGGAAGACGAUGACGACGACGAAGACGAGAGUAAGAAAGACCAAUGA